CCCCCUCCCCUUCACUGGGUAUAUAAAACAGCUCAGAGGGGACAUGGAUUUAGCAGCUGAUCCUCCUGCAUAGUCUCUGAUAUUCCAGUUCCUUAUCUCUUCAAGAAAAUGAUGAACUUCUCCACUCGUAGUAUCUCCCAGUCAUGCCGCUUUACUGCAGCUGGCACCCACAGGGCACACAGUGUAGCAGGAGGUGCUGGCAUUGUCAAGAUGUCCGCUGGUAGUGUCAAUAUGGCCAGGAUAGGGGUUCCUGCAUUUGGUGGUGGAUUAGCAGUACAGGAUGCAAGUGCAUUUGGUAACAAUGGAAAAGAGACCAUGAACAACUUAAACGACCGCCUGGCUAUCUACUUGGAACGGGUCCAUUCACUAGAGCAAGCCAACCGUGAUCUGGAAGCAAAGAUUCAUGAGUUCUAUGAGAAAAAAGCAUCCAUCAGCGCUUUUGAUCCAAGUGGAUUUUACAAAACCAUCAGCCACUUGCGCUCUCAGAUCAAAGAAGCCACCACUGACAAUACUAGGCUUGUUCUGCAGAUCGAUAAUGCAAAGCUGGCCGCGGAUGACUUCAAAACGAAGUUUGAGUCGGAGUUGGCCAUUCGUCUUGGUGUGGAUGGUGACAUUAAUGGACUGCGAAGGGCUCUUGAUGAGCUGACUAUGCAGAAAUCUGAACUGGAGAUGGAACUAGAAAGUAUGAAAGAGGAGCUAAUCCAUUUGAAAAUAAACCAUGAGGAGGAACUUGCUCUUCACCAGAGAGAUGUAGGAGGAAAUGUUCAUGUGGAGCUGGAUUCUGCACCUCUGGUUGACUUGACUAAGGCCCUGGCAGAAGUAAGGGAACAGUAUGAGGACAUGAUGGAUAAGAACCAUCAAGAGGCAGAAGCCUUGUACAGAACACAGAAUGAAGGUUUCAGUAAGGAAAUUACUGUAAACCAACAAAGUUUUCAGACUUCCAGGACUGAGAUCACAGAUCUGAAACGAACAGCGCAGAGCCUAGAACUGGAGCUGCAGUCUCUGAUGAACAUGAAACAUGCUCUAGAGGGAGCAUUAGCAGAAACAGAAGGUCAAUAUGGAGCAAAACUUGGAGAUAUGCAGAAUUUCAUCUCUCAGACAGAAAAUGACCUUCAGCAAGUGAGGACAGCCUCUGAGCAACAUUCACUGGAGUACAGAGUUUUGUUGGAUGCAAAAACUAAACUGGAAAUAGAAAUCGCAACCUACAGGAGGCUAUUGGAUGGGGAAGACAGGAGUUUAUCAACACAUUCGCAAAUGGAAACACAGAAAAAUGUAAAGAUUGUCAGCAAAGAAGAAACUUCAAGUUCCACAGUAACAAUCCAGAAAGUAAAGACAAUAGUUGAAGAAGUGGUAGAUGGUAAAGUGGUAACUUCAUCUGUGCAAGAGGUGAUUCAGACAUCUAAAACCACAGAGUAGAGAGUGAGACAUCAUUGUAUGUUAGAGAAUUCAAUCUACAACCGUUUUCAUGAAACAAAUAGUCCACACA